AUGAACCACGACCAGGCUAGGGUCAGCAGCAAUACGAGUCAGGAAGAUUUGGAUGAGAUAACACAACAAAUUCGGGCACUUCAGUCUUCGCAGGACGAGCUGUCCCGCUCGAUCCGCAAUCUACAGGUCCGUGCAGCUCGCAUACAGAACCAGAAGGCAGCGGUGUCACGUAUCCCCUCUGAUGUCCUCUCGAUGAUAUUUGAGGAGUGCCGUCAGCUCAAUCCACAAUGGUCCGGCGUUCUCUUCCUUCUCCACCAGUCACCCGUUGAGGUACGACUGUCGCAUGUAUCAAGUCAUUGGCGUGAGGUAGCCCUUACCUCACCUUCCCUUUGGUCCUCUGUUCAUUACCCAUUCGCGCAUAAAGAGGAUUCGCUCGUGGAAUAUUUGAAGAGGUCAGAUGGGUCGCUUCUCGACGUAUACAUCGGGCCA